AUGUCACAGAAUUAUGCAAAUUUCUAAAUCAAAGAUGCUUAGAUUGAAAAAUUCUUUGACACUCUUAAAAAGGAGCCUUUAGGUUCUGGAAGAAAUUCCAUAGUUUACCUGACGCAGCAUAGGCAUUCAAGUGUUUAUUUUGCAUUAAAAGAACCAAGGAAGGAUUAAUUGUCUUAAUAAUCGAUUAUCGUACAAUAAUUAUGAUAUGUAGUCUUGAUAAUCAGAAUGAAAUUAAUAUUUUCAUCAAGUUAUGGCAAAAUAAUAACUAGGAAUUUCCACGGUGUGUACCUUACAUGGAAAAAUUUUCAGAAACUCAUCAAAUUUUAAUGGAAUAUAUGAAAAAUGGUUCAUUAUUAGACAUUUUAUUGACAAGUGGAAAAUUUGCAGAAAAGUUUGCACGCACAAUUGCAAUUAAUUUAUACAAUCAAAUAGGACUUUUGCAUAGAAACGGAGUAGUACAUUUUGAUUUAAAACCUGAUAAUAUUAUGUUUAAUGAAAAUAUGAUGCUAAAGAUAUGUGAUUUAGGAUAUGCAAAUUAACCUUUAGGCUUUACACAAGGAUAUGCUUCACCCGAAUAAAUUCAAAAUAAAAUUAUUGAUGCUGGAAAAUGUGAUGUUUUUGCUUAUGGAGUUAUACUAUUUAUAAUUGUAAUGGGAUUUCCUCCAUUUUAACAUUAUCAAGAUAAUUGGUACAAAAUGAUUUCAAACUAAUAAUGGGAUUAAUUUUGGAGUAAAAUUAAAGAAAAUGGAAAACCAGAUCCAUCUGGUGAGUUUAAGGAUUUAAUUACAAAGCUUAUUGCAGUUGAUGUGAAUAAAAGAUAUAGUAUGUAAAAUAUUUCCACUGCAGCGUGGUUUUGUUUAGAAAAAGUUUCAGAUUAAGAAUGUACAUUGGAAUUACUUAAAAGAAUUAACCUGAGGAAUGUCGGGUAUUAUAAAUAUUGA